AUGCACGCUCUCAGCGAUCUGCCCGAUGACGUGUUGAUGGAGAUCGUCGUCCGCCUGCCAGCCCACUCCAUCGCCCGCUGCCGCGCCGUCUGCAGGGCCUGGCGUUCUGCCAUCUCCCACGCCAGCUUCGACACGGCCCUCGCCAGACGCCCGGCCGCCGUCGCCACGGUGACGGCGGAUCGUCUGGGGUUCGAAUUCCGCACCGACUAUACCUACGCCUUGGAAGGCACAACGCCAACGCUUGUCGGCAGGACCCGCGUCGUCUUCGACUUCUUCCUCCGCUGGCGCCGCCGACCGCCGUGUCCGCAGGAAGUCCGGCUCAUAUCCGACUCGCUUUCCAGCAUUGUCACGACCGUCCGUGGUUCGUGGGACGGGGUGCUGUGCAUAGAGCGCGGGGUCUGGAAGUGGAAGACGCGGCCGUUGCGCUACCACGUGGAGCAGUACUUGCUCUGGAAUCCAGUCACCAAGGCCUGCGCCACCGUGUCCCCCCCGGCCGACCGUGGAAAGAUCAUUGGCGGCUACGCGCACCCGACCACAGGGGCCUUCCACCUCGUCCACGGUUCCGGCGAAGUUGUAAACGAUCACCUGAUGGCCCCGACGACCUUCUUGAUCGGAAGGGUUGGAGACGAUAUGGCCUGGCGUGAGAUUCCCCUCGAGCUCGAGGAAGCAAGCCCCACGGAUGAUGCGCAGCCGUCAAAGAUCUUUAUAAGCAGCAACCGCAACGCCCGCUGCGUCGGGUUACGCGGCAACCUGCACUGGCUGGCACUGUCGGGCUCGGGAACGCUGCGUAUCCUCGCGUUCGACACGUCGUCACAGGAUAGGUUCCGGCAGAUAGAGGCGCCGGAGCUCGGGCGUGGACCAGCGGACCUAACCAAGGUGCGACUGGGUGCGCGGUCCGGUGGCAAGCUCUGCAUCUUCUCUGUGGCUCCAUCGAUGAGCAGCAUGGACGUGUGGGUGCUCGACGGCUACUGCGCCACCGUGCGGCGGAGCAGCUGGCGGCGCAAAGAACGGAUCAGUUUUGUGUCAUGCUGGACGUUCAACGCGGCCACGGAGGUGGAGGUGGAGGUGGUGGAGGGCGUUGGGGAGGGCGAGGAGAUUUUCCUCCACUUUGAGACCUGGAUCGACGUCUACAACAUUCAAUGCAAGACGUGGCGCCGCGACAUGGAGGUUCCCGGGUUGAUUACUUUAGGGUCUCAUGAGUCGCUGGUGAUGCACAGGGAGAGCGCUCUGCAGCACGAGGUGAGCUUUGGCGACGCGUCGCGGGCUGUUUCUCGGAGGGUCGACAGCGACGGGACGCAUCGCUACAAUGUGGCAUAG